CUUUUCUCUUUUCUACUUUUUCUUCUUUUACACUCAUAUAUUACUAUACUCUACAUACACCUACAUCACAUACACAAUGAACUACAUAGAAUCAGCAACAUCUACUAUACAACUAUACACAUACUACGACACAUCGUUCUGGAUCGGCAUUGGCAUCUCACUCAUUACCAACCUUAUACAAUCGUUUGCCAUGGCCUUUCAACGGAAAUCACAUAUCUUAAACGACCAGAUAUACCCACGAGAACGACGCAAGCAUGCGUUCAAAAGGCCGUUGUGGGUAGUUAGCUUUGGCACCUAUCUCACGGCAAACAUCAUUGGUUCUGUGUUUUCGAUCGGGUAUUUACCAGUCGUCAUACUGGCACCCAUCGGGGCCAUGAACCUCGUAUUCAACGCCAUUGCAGCACGACUUGUACUGGGUGAUCCGUUCACGCGACUCAGCCUAUGGGGAACACUGCUGAUCAGUAUCGGUGCACUGCUGGUUGGCAUGUUUGGAGCCAUCCAGGAACCCAACCAUAGCCUGGAAGAUUUGAUCGAGCUAUACAGAAAGCCAGCAUUCAUUGUCUAUUUUAGCAUCCUCGAGGCAUUCAUUCUGAUCACCAUGAUCUCGACACACUAUCUCGAGUAUCGGUACAACAAGAUCGAGCAAGAGCAGGAAGAAAUGGCUCCUGCUGAUCGAAAACUCCUUGGACAAUGGGUUAAUAUGGCCGAUUUGAAAACAUAUAUUGGAAUAAGCUACGGCGUCUUGGGAGGCAACAUUAGCAGCCAAAGUCUGCUGUUUGCCAAAAGCGGCCUCGAGCUAUUUAUCCUGACCAUCAUCUAUGGCCAAGACCAGUUACACCAUGUCUGGACAUGGUUACUCGUCGUCAUGACUGUUCUGACAGCCAUCCUCCAGUUAUAUUACCUCAACAAAGGACUGCGACUAUGUGACACGGUUAUCCUGAUCCCACUCUCCUUUUGCGCUUUCAAUGUUUCCUGCCUGUUCAACGGCCUUGUUUAUUACGAUCAGUGGGAUCGUCUUCAAUGGUGGCAACUGCUGUGCGUCAUGGUGGGUGUUGCCAUUACGAUUGGUGGCGUUAUCUGCUUGUCCUGGAGACGCGGUGGUUCUGCGGGUACUACACAAGAAGAAACCGUGGUGGCCAGCAGUGAAGGUUACGCAGUCCUGAGCCAGGACGACAACGACAACGUAGGAGAGGAGGACCAGGAUAAAACAAGACAGCAGGAACAGCGAAACGAAGCGAAUGAAACGACACCAUUUUUGUCACAGCAGCAGGCUCAAUACAACUCCGCAUCGUAGACGCUCGUAGUAGAAAAGAGUUUUUUUAUAAGUAGCUGCAACCAAUUAGAAAAUCCCAGUUCUUUCGC